CCUGACCGUUUUGGAUUUGGUAUAAAAUUAAUUAAACAACUCCACUAGAGUAUCAGUCGUGAACUGCACUCGAGCCAAUUCUAAUCCCUUAGCCAUGAAGCUCGUUGUUUUCGUAUUUUUGCUGGCCGUCUCUGCGGUUUUAGCUUAUUCCCAAUCCAAACCAACUUAUAAAAUUGCUCCCUCCGAAUACUCAGUUGACUUCAAAACUCCAGCUGUUUCUGAGUCAAAUGAAGAUUCCGAUGAAGAUGACAGCAGUGAUGAAGAGAAAACCUAUUAUGUCAAGCCCACAGUUGCUUCUUAUAAUGCACUGGUUUCUAACUAUGGUAGAACGUAUGAUGAGCCAAAAUACUUGACUACCUACUCAACUACAUACGCACCAACUGUGCAAGUAGCUCCUGCUGCAGCUCCUGCAUACAAAGCUCCAGUUCCUUCCUACGAUCGCCCUGCUCUUUUACCGUAUUGGUUACGCCCAAGAGCUUAUUGAAACACACUUACUAAAUCAAAUUAUACUACUAUUGGAAUUUAUCGAAAUAUAUUUAAUUAAUU